AUGGUCGCGGAUCACUUACUUUGCAGGGCACUUCUGUUCCUACAGGAGGACGCCUCAACUGCAGGGCGUAUUGCUGCAGCGUGGUACGCAGGAUGGCAUGCGGAGGACUUUCCGCUGUCAGCAAUUAGCUGGAGUAAGUAUACUAUCCUGACCUAUGCCUUUGCGACUACAACACCUGAGGCAGAUACAAUAUCGCUCGAAGCCUCCGACGAUGUUUUACUGUCGAAAUUCGUGACUCAAGCUCACCAGAACAAUGUAAAAGCCUCGCUGUCCAUUGGGGGUUGGACGGGAUCCAGAUUCUUCUCCUCAAACGUCGGUUCCGCCGCCAACCGAACCUCGUUUGUUCGGGCGGUCAUAAACAUCACACGGAAAUACUCUCUAGAUGGCAUUGACUUCGACUGGGAAUAUCCUCACCGCCAAGGAAUUGGGUGCAAUGAGAUAAACGACAAUGAUACAUCCAACUUCCUUUCAUUCCUUCAGGAACUUCGUCAACAUCCUCUUGGUGCCAACCUGACGCUAUCAGCCGCCACCUCCAUUAUACCAUACACUGACUCGAACGGGGACCCUGCUGAUAUCAAGCCGUUUAGCGAGGUCCUUGACUACAUCGCCAUCAUGAACUACGAUGUAUGGGGAUCUUGGUCGACCGGCGUGGGUCCUAACGCACCUCUGAACGACUCAUGUGCCGAUGCGGGGGAUCAAGACGGUUCUGCGGUUGGCGCGGUACAAGCUUGGACGGCUGCUGGAAUGCCGGCCAGUCAGAUAGUCCUCGGCGUCCCCUCGUAUGGGCACUCCUUCGCUGUUAGCCCGGGUAACGCCUUCGAGGGCGGGUCCAAGACAACACUCAAGUUGUUCCCGCAGUUCGAUGCUACUGAUCAGCCCCAUGGUGAUCGAUGGGAUGGGGAUGCUGGGACGGACAUCUGUGGAAACUCAGUUCCUACGGGCGGCGUGUUCACCUUCUGGGGUCUCGUGGACAACGACUUCCUCAAUGCUGAUGGAAGUGUGAAGAAUGGGAUUGCGUCGGUGUAUGAUGAUUGUAGCCAGACACCAUACGUAUACAACUCCACGUCUGGAGUCAUGGUCUCGUAUGACGACUCGCGUUCCUUUGCAGCGAAGGGGGCGUUCAUCAAGUCGAACGGGUUGGCGGGUUUUGCCAUGUGGGAAGCUGGUGGCGACUCUAGCGAUAUUUUGAUUGACUCUAUCAGUGCGUUGCCUGCAUUUCUGAUGUGA